AUGGUGUCAUAUAAACAAGCCUCCAAGCACAGUGCGCAUAAUUUAAACAAUUCUACAUUUAAUACACCUACAAAAGCAGCCAACCCAAAAAUAUCAAAACUGAACAAGACACAGGUAAAGAUGGCAGAAGAGGAAAAGGAGAAAGGAAUGAAAAUAGAUGAAAUUCAUGGCAUGUUUAAUAUCGUGAUGACUAAAUUAGAAAAGCUAGACAUGAUCGAAGAAAGAAUAAAAUCAGUGGAAGAAGAUAUGAAAGGCGUGAAACACUCUACCGAGUUUGCGCACACAGAAAUAAAGGAAAUAAAAGAGGAACAAAAAGGAAUGAGAGCGAACAAGAAAACAGAUAGAGAAAAUCGAGGCAGAAAACGCUGCAUUAUGCAGUAG